AUGGGAAACAAGAUUUCUGGUUGCUUUACAGCAAUUCCCCGAGGUGGUACUUCAGAGUUGGGACCAGAUUGUAAAACGAUAAGCCAACCCAAUGAGUUCCCAACUGGAACAAUUUACGAAUACACUGUCAAGGAUGUUAAAGGAAAGGAUGUGAAUCUUAGCAUGUACCGGGGAAAGGUUCUAGUGAUUGUUAAUGUUGCUUCCCAAUGUGGAUUGACGGAUGAAAACUACACGGAGUUUAAUCAACUAUAUCAAAAGUAUAAAGAUAAAGGCUUGGAGAUUCUGGCAUUUCCGUGUAACCAGUUUGCUGCUCAGGAACCAGGAAGUAAUGAACAGAUUCAAGAGUUUGCCUGCACUCGUUUCAAAACAGCAUUCCCAAUUUUUAACAAGAUUGAAGUAAACGGGUUUAAUACUGCUCCGUUGUACAAGUUCUUGAAGUUAGGCAAAUGGGGAUUCUUCGAUGACGAUAUCCAGUGGAACUUUGCUAAGUUUCUUGUUGACAAGCAGGGGAAACCUGUCGGUCGUUAUUACCCAACAACUUCACCCCUUAGCCUUCAGCAUGACAUAAACAGGCUAUUGGAAGCCUCAUGAAUACUGUGAGAUGCAAAGGCGUUAACCCGAGGGUGCUCCCCGCCAGAUUCACUAAUUGAACAAAACGAUUUCUGUUCUUUGUUUGAUGAUUGACAUUGUUCCGAACCAUCUUUGACAGUGACCUGUGAUACAAAAACUCACUAGCUUCAUCUAGUUUCCUUUAAAUCUCGUAAAACCUGGUCUGUUAAUUGGUUGUUAGGAGUUUAAAGACG